AUGUCGGGUCGGGAAAGUGGUAAGGACGGUAAAAGCGGUUCGAAAGGUGUACGGUCGAAUGAUAAGCAGUCAAAAGUGGUCGAAAAAAGUAGUGAUGCAAAUGUAGUCGUGGUUGUCACUGAAGAAGGAAAAGAUCCAGAUGGAGUUCAAAAGGAUGAUGCCCGAGUCCCAGAACAGGACUGUACGUUCUGCCAGGAGGCGGACAACAACGGGAUGGUUCAGUGCGACAGGUGUGAUAGAUGGAUCCAUUUUGCGUGUGUUGGCGUAACAGAAGAAAUUGCGGAUAGGAGCUGGAGUUGUCCCAAGUGCGUUGCUGCAACUUGGGUUCAGCUGUCCUCGUCUUCUACUACAAAUCGCCUAGCAACGGGUUUGUCAACCGGCAGAGAACAAUAG